AUGUCUCUCAGAGAAAUUACUUCACCCGACGAAAUCCGAGAUACUCGAUCUUUCAGCCAUCUCGAAUGGGGCGCCUUCCUCUCCAUUGAUGAUUACAACCACCGAGAAGAGAUUGUUCUCGGCCACACUCCCAUGUGCAAGAACCGACUCAAAAGCUGGGGUCUUUAUAUCGAAGAUGGAACUCGAGUCGCUGCCUGUGAGACCCUUGAGCGACCCGCUCUUGUCCAGUGCAAAGAUGGAAAGAUCAAGUCGACCUCGACUUUCUCCAUCGGAGCAGUCUUCACCCCCAAGGAGCACAGAGGUAAAGGUUAUGCCUCAGUCAUGAUGAAGCAGAUGGCCUCUGGUAUCCCCUUCAAGCCCACUCUCACUGAUGCUGAUAUCAUUAAGGCAACCGGAGUCUCUGACGUCGACCAGACCCUUCGUGUCACACCUCUCUGGAGUGAUGUGGGCACGUUUUAUGAGAAGUUUGGAUGGAUCGGCACCACCGACUUGCAGUAUGUCUUUGAGGUUGAUGGAUCUGCUUCACAAAACGGUGUCAACGGCACCCCCAAUGGCACCAAUGGCACCAAUGGUGUUAACGGUCACACAAACGGUACUAACGGCCACUCCAGCGCCGUCAAGUACCUUUCAGAGGAGGAUGUCUACCGUCUGGCAGACGUUGAAGCUUCUUCUUUCGCUUCUGACUUCGAAAAGUUCCCCUUCAAGGGCAGCUACAAGUGCGGAAUCGUUCCCGAUAGAACUGUCUACGAGUGGCAUCUUGCCCGAGCCAAGUUCCUGGCCAAAUUUGCCAAGGUGCCUGAGCCCAAGGUUUUUGGGGCCCAGAUCGGUGACUCGUGGAUGGCAUGGCAUCACAUGUACAAUGCUCGAGAGCUGGUAAUCUUGCGGGCCAAGCUUGCCAAGGCCGAGGAUCUGGUGGAGCUAAUUGCUGCUGCCAAAAACCAUCUUUGCAAGGACGGUUUUAGCGAUCAGAUCAACAAGAUCAUCCUCUGGGAGCAGGAGCGGGAAUGGAACCACAUCGUCGACGGACUCUCGUAUGAUGCCAUCGACCAGGCUAUUGAGAAGAGCCAGGGAAAGCGUGAGCACCGAGGAUCCAGUAUCCCCGCUGUCAUGUUUGUCGAGUACAAGCUGCAGAAGGAUGCUAUGGAGUUUGUUGACCAUGGAAAACUGACUUGGUGUUAA